AAUUGAAGUGCGAAUCCUUCUUCCAAAUGAUGACAAACCUAAGACUCAUUUAUUAUAAUUCACUUUCUAUGGAUUCCAAAAGCAAACCCUCUUCUCUAAUCUCUCGAAUCUUCUUAGCUUCACUUCCAGGAUUGGGGUUCACUGAAAUUCGGAAAUGGGGAAAAAGGAGAAAGAAAUUAUCCAAUUGGAAAGAGAAACUGUAAUUCCAAUUCUCAAAUCACACCUCAUCCUUACUUUAACCGGCCUCAUUGAAGAUAGUUCUGACCGGGCUGAGUUUGUAAAGUUUUGCAAAAAAGUCGAGUACAUAAUUCGAGCUUGGUACCAUCUGCAGUUUGAAGAAUUGAUGCAACUUUAUUCCUUCUUUGACCCUGAAACUGGAGCUCAGAAGUUGGAGCAGCAAAACUUUUCUCCUGAAGAUAUUGACAUACUUGAACAGAAUUUUCUAACUUACUUGUUUCAGGUUAUGGAUAAGAGCAACUUCAAAAUGGCAACUGAUGAGGAGAUUAAUGUUGCUUCAGGGAAGUAUCUCUUAAAUCUUCCCAUUAUAGUUGAUGAUUCCAAGCUUGACAAGGAACUUCUAAGAAGGUACUUUGCUAAGCACAGCAGUAUAAAGCCUCCCAUCUAUGCUGAUAAGUACAUUAUAUUUCGACGAGGGAUUGGCAUUGAUCAUAUGACUGGUUAUUUUGUCACGGAGAAAGUGGACAUACUCAUUACACGCCUUUGGGCAUUGCUUUUAAACCUAACCAGACUCGAAAAACUAUGGCGCAAAAGGUCAAGUGGCCAACAAAAGAAGGAUGUAAAGAAGAAUGACGUGAUUAACUCCAAAGCAGAUCAGGACUAUGUUACUGUUGAAAGAAUUCGUCUAGAAAAUAUGGAUAUAAGUAUUAGCAAUUUGCUGAGCAAAACUACAAUACAAGAGCCUGUGUUCGAAAGGUUAAUAGUAGUUUACAGGCGAGCAAGUACCAAAACAGAAAAGGGACGAGGAAUCUAUGUGAGGCAAUUCCAAAAAAUUCCAAUGGCUGAUAUGGAGAUAGUCCUUCCAGAAAAGAAGAAUCCUGGGUUAACCCCAGUAGACUGGGUUCAAUUCUUGGUUUCUGCUAUAGUUGGGCUGGUUGCUGUAAUUAGUUCGAUUCAAGUGCAUAAGGCUGAUACUCGGAUCAUUUUUGUGGUCCUUUCCUCAGUGAUUGGUUACUGUGCUAAGAUAUACUUAUCGUAUCAACAGAGUUUGGCUACAUAUCAGACAUUAAUUACACAGCUUGUGUAUGACAAACAACUGGAUAGUGGAAGGGGUACUCUUCUUCACCUGUGUGACAAUGUCAUUCAACAGGAAGUCAAAGAAGUUAUUAUAUCGUUCUUUACUUUAAUGCAAGAAGGCAAAGCCACUAGGACGGAUUUGGAUAAACGUUGUGAACAACUAAUAGCAAACAAGUUUGGAGAGAGCUGUAACUUUGAAGUGGAUGACGCAGUCGAAAAAUUAGAGAAGCUGGGCAUUGUUGCUGAGGAUACUCAUGGGGAGUGUAGUUGUGUUGCACUAAAACGUGCUAAUGACAUUAUUGGCGCCACCACUGAAGAGCUUGUCCUGGCAAGAUAGGAAUUUGGCCAUUCUUGAUGCUGUCUCUUCUGAUCUGCUAUUGCCAGUUGUGUGCUCUCUGCACCCAUUAAUAAUUCUGUGUCUGUUAAUAUAUUUUCUUUUUUAAAAUAUUUGAAUGCAUUUAACCUUACUGUAUCCAAAUAAUCAAGGGGUGCUACUUUGUUACGCAAUGGGUUGGGGUUGAUUUGUAAAUGCAAAGUGAAUAUGCAGUAGCAAAUGAGCAUGAAAAUGACAGCUACAUAUGUAUAGAAAUACUUUGUGUUUAACAAGGAAAAAAAAUGAAGGAAAAAUGAGAUCCAAAUUGAGAGUUUUCUUU